AUGGAUGACCAUAAACUUCUGAGGAGCUGGUCAGAGUCCAACGACGUCUAUGAAUCAUUCCUUGAAGAAGAGAACUUAUUUUCAUUCCUCGAUCAAUCACUUUCCUUCGAUUACAACACUAACCUUGAUCCCAUCUCUGCUUGUGAUCAUAUGUCUAUGGCAUCAGUUGGUCCUGAAGCCAUCUCUACUUUGUCCCAAGCAGAUGUUUUGGGUGAAUUGUGGAAUGGAAAUACUAGUAAUUUCAAUAAUCGUCAUAUCGAACCAGAGAUGGGGAUAAUAUUGCAUGAUGGCAAUAACACAACAAAAGAGACCACACGGCAGAAGCGGGGAUACAGAGAAGAUAAACUAAUCCAGAGUUUUUCAAGGGAAGAUAUGAAACCAUACUUCAAGAUGCCGAUAACUAAAGCCGCUAAAGAGCUUAAUGUUGGACUAACCCUCUUGAAAAAGAGAUGUCGUGAGUUGGGUUUUCCUCGUUGGCCUCACCGUAAGCUUACGAGCAUUGACGGCAUUAUUAAUAACCUCAAGGAUCACUUAGGGAAUAUGGAAGGAGAAAGGAAGAGGAGUAAGCUGAUGAACGCUUUGGAGAUUUUGGAAGCGGAGAAGAAAAUGAUUGAAGAGUUUCCUGAUUUGGAGUUUGAAGAUAAGACCAAGAGGUUGAGACAGGCUUGUUUUAAAGCUAACUUCAAACGAAGAAGGCUCUUGUCUUCUACGCCUACCACUUCGUCUGUUUUAUGA